CUGUUUAAGAUUUGUUUUGUUUAAAAGUGUCUGAAAAUAAGAAAGAAAAACAUUUUUCAUGUCGGACAAUAUACACAAGUAUUUCAAUGACUUGGUACAGAAGGUCAGUGGCCUGUAUGUCAUCCAGAUAACGGAUCGUGAUGGUGUGCCCAUCCUACAGGCCAGCCAAGAGAAUAUAGAUUUUGCCCUAAUGCCAUCAAUUAUACCAACAUUCACCACAGCCUGUGAUCAGGCCAGCAAGCUGGGUCUGGGUAGAAAUAAGACAAUUAUCUCAAUGUAUUCCAAAUAUCAGGUGGUCCAGAUGAUCAAAUUGCCAUUGAUUGUUACAUUUGUGGGAGCUGAAAAUUGUAAUACCGGUCAUAUUUUGGCUUUGGAGUCUCAGAUGGAUGAAUAUCUAGAGGAUAUAAAAACGGCAGUUACUGAGGCAUGAGGCAGCCGUCGUCUUACAUAGAAUGUAAAAUUUAUAAAUUUGUAUAAAUUUUUUGUUUAAAAAUACUAAAU